GCAGGAGCCGGCGCGGCGGGAGCGGGCGGAGCGCGGAACAGCCGGCGGCGGGAGGCGAGCGAGGCGGCCGGGAAGAGCCGGCGGAGGCGGCGGCGGCGGCGGAUCCCGGACAGAGCGGCCACGGGCCUGGCCGAGCCGCGAUGGAGCGGAAGAGUGCCUUUCCCAUGGGCCAAGCCUCCCCAGGAAGAGACAGGACUCUGAGUCAUUUCAGCCCCAGCGGUAAGAAGUUCCGCAGCAAGCCGCAGCUGGCACGGUACCUGGGCAGCUCCAUGGAGCUGGGCACCUUCGACUUCCGCACGGGCAAGAUGCUGAUGACCAAAGUGAACAAGAACCGGCAGAGGAUGCGCUACGACUGCUCCAGCCAGGCCAAGGGCAAGCCUGACCUGAACACGGCGCUGCCUGUGCGGCAGACAGCCUCCAUCUUCAAGCAGCCUGUCACCAAGAUCACCAACCACCCCAGCAACAAGGUCAAGAGUGAUCCGCAGAAAGCUGUGGACCAGCCCCGCCAGCUCUUCUGGGAGAAGAAAUUAAGUGGCCUGAAUGCCUUUGACAUUGCAGAGGAGCUGGUGAAGACCAUGGACCUGCCAAAGGGCUUGCAAGGGGUUGGCCCUGGCUGCACAGAUGAAACCCUGCUCUCAGCCAUCGCCAGUGCCCUGCACACCAGCACCAUGCCCAUCACUGGGCAGCUGUCUGCAGCCGUGGAGAAGAACCCUGGGGUCUGGCUGAACACCUCACAGCCACUCUGCAAGGCAUUCAUGGUGACAGAUGAAGACAUUAGGAAGCAAGAGGAGCUGGUGCAGCAGGUGAGGAAGAGGCUGGAGGAAGCCCUGAUGGCUGACAUGCUGGCCCACGUCGAGGAGAUAGCCAGAGAUGGGGAAGCUCCUUCAGAGAAAGAAGGUGGUGAGGAAGAAGAGGAAGAGGAGGAGGAGGACCAGGACCAUGACCAGGAGAUGGAGAAUGUAUAGUCCAGGGAGUCCCAUCUCAGAAUUCCCAGGGGCAGCCCUCUCAGCAGGGUCAGCACAACACUUACACAGCCAGGGGUGUCUGCAGGGUGAACCACACCAACAGCCCAGCCGCAGCUGUCAGCAUCUGGAUGACCACUUCAGGAACCCCUCAGGAGCUGCUGAGUCUCAGUGCUGAGGAGUUCUGAGGGUGGAGCUUGACUCAACUUCUCCUCCCCUCCUCCUUUUUGGUUUUUUGUUGUUUUUUGGGGGUUUUCCCCUUUCUUUUAUAAAGGGGUAGGGUGAGUGGGGAUGCAAAGGGAGGGAAUAAAGGAAUAUAAAAGACUGGGGGGGUGGGGGAGGGAAUCCUGGGACCCAACUUCUGUCCCUUUGUCCUUGUGGUUGUUGUGGGCAGUGAUAGCUGAUGAAUUUUUAAGCUUUUCUAUCCAAGUGAUUUGAGCAUUGACCCCUGGGAGGAGUUUUCUCUCUGCCAGAGUAGUGAGAGAUGCUCCCUCUGGCUCCUUGGCCUUUCUUGCUGUGGGCUGCCUCUUGGUGCCAGGCUGCAGAGAGGUCAUUUUACCUCUGGGGGUCAUUUUGGGUCACUGAAUUGCCUUUUCCUCCCGAGGCCACAUUGGUCUUGGCAGUGUAGUCUCAGAGAUGAGGCUCUGGCAGGAUCUUGGACUCGAAGGUCUGCAGAGGUCCCUUCCAGCCCCUCACACCCUGGGGUGAGCUGCCAGUGCCUCUGCCAGCUGGGCUGUGAGGGCAGGGCAGGACAGAGGAGUUGGCCUCCCAGCAGGGCCAGGCCGGGUUGGGUUGGUUCCAGCAGGCACAGCCACACUGGGCUUUGCUCUGGAGCUCUCUCUGUGUGUCUGAGCGGAGCUGCAGAGAAAUAAACCCACCCCAGGGAGGGGUUCAGGUCUUGCCAGAAGGCCUUGCUCAGCUGGAGGUGGAAGGAUGGCUCCUGCCUGACUGACAGGCUGGAAAACCUCCUCUCCUCUGGUGCCAAGAGCCCCUGCCCUUGUCCUGACUGUCUGGAGGGAAGGGGGAUGCAUGCCCCGGGCUGCUGGCCCUGUGCAGGGGUCGUGUUCUGACCUCUGCUGCAAACAAGGAAGGAAAAAGAAGAAAAAAAAGGUGGAUUUUUUGUUUUUUAUAAUUGGUAGCUAAAGAAAAGCAAAGACAGAACCAAACCACAUCUGGAAAGCUUUCUGAGCAUUAAACCUUUCUUAUUUGCAUGUGCA